AUGAAUAAUUCUUGUACAAUAACACGUUACUAUGGUAGUAAUGAAAAAGAUCUCGAAAAACUAUGGCGUUUUAUUGAACAAGCACAAACAUACUCUAAUAGAAUAUUAAUUGGUGUACAUGUUGAAAAAGAUCUAACUGAUUGUAUUCAAAAAUAUGCUCAACAACAAAAAUUAUCAAACACACCAGUAGAUUUUAUACCAAUUCAGCCAUGGAUUGGAAUAUCUUCGCCAUUGAAUAUUCUUUUAAAUCAUUUAUCAUUAAAUCAAACAACUGUUCUAAUACAAUCAGUUGAAAUUCAAUGUACAGCAUAUCAUGUCGAUCGUUUACGAUCAUAUCUUCAAGAAGAUAAUAUCCUAUGUGCUGGUGCUGUACUUGAUGGUCAUCAUAUAUCAACUGAUAGUCUAUCAUAUAAGAAAUAUGUUCCUUUACACGGCGAUACAAGUCCUUGGAAUACUUUUAUUUUAUGGAAUUUAGAAAAAUUACGUCGAACAGGUUUUCCAAUGUGCGCUGAUUUUGUCAAUCCACCUGGCAUGGAAGAUAGUGCCGCUAUUGGUUUACAACAGAAAUUAUUUGGUGGUAUGAAAAAAAAUCGUGCUCUACUCAUUCAUUUCAAUGACAAUGUUCAAUGGCUAAAUCAGUUUGAUGAUGAUCAAGAACGUCAUUUAAAACAUCAAUUGAAAAUGAAAUUAAAGAAUAGUCGAACUCAACAACUAUUACAAAUGUUAGAUUUAUCUGAUAGUGAUCAAGAAGUUUGCAUUGGUAUAGAGUAUAUUAAUGAAAAAUCAUGUCAGUGA